UCUCUCCUCCUCUUAUCUCGAAAUCCUUAUCUAUACCUACUCAUCAUUGUUUGUCUCCUUCCCCGACCCCUCUCUUCUGUCUUGUUCAAUAUAUUCGCAUCUUUAUUGCUUCAAUCAUACCCUCUCUCUUGCCCCCUUUUAAAUUUUUUUUUUCCCUAUUGGUGGGUUUGGUUAUUGGGGUUUAUUGAAUUUCCUCCUCCGUCAGAAAAGAAAGAAAUAAAGAGUUUUCUCCACCGUUGAAACCCUCGAGUAAUCGCUGCGCGUAAUUUAUACUCUUUCGAUUGAUUCGAGGGUUUUAUCUUUCUUGGGUUUUAAUUUUUGUGGGUUUAAUUUAUCUGGGUUUGAUUCGUUUAGAUUAUCCUGUUUCGUACAAAUUUGUUUUUAAGCGUGUAAGGUAAAGGAAUGGCUCUGGUUUCUGUUUUUCUGGAGAUUUUGCAAAGACCUACAAUUGGGGAUGUUUUGAGUGACCUAAUGAUAUUAAUAGCUCCUUUAUGGAUUGCGGUUAUCGUUGGUGUUCUUGUUGGGUGGAUGUGGAAGCCGACAUGGGCCAAUUUGGGUAGGGAAAUGUUGAAAUCCUCCAUCUCGAAGGCGUCUAAGGAGACUGCGUCUUCAUCUUCGGAAAGACCGAUGAGUUUUGGUUCAUUUCCGAUGUUGAAUUCAUUGAAGUUUCAGUUGCCAUGUUACAUUCCCUGGACGUCAGAUGACGGGGUUCCAAAAGAGGAUUUAUCUGUUCCACCUACCAACCUGUCUGAUUGGAGUGGGACUUCAUCCGAGCUCGAAAAGGAAAAACCGGGACUUGUGAAUGGAGAUGAUUUAGAGCAUUUAUGUAAGCUUGUAGAUGUUACAGAUGGAGGUCCUGGUUGGAUUCAUAUGAUGGAUCGUUCAACCUCGACAAUGACCUUUCAAGCCUGGCGGAGAGAUCCUGAGACUGGUCCUCCACAAUAUCGUAGCAGUACCAUCUUUGAGAAUGCUAACCCAGAGAUGAUGAGAGAUUUCUUUUGGGAUGACGAGUUUAGAUUGAAAUGGGAUGACAUGAUUGUCUCUGCUGAAACUUUGGAGGAGUGCCCCGCUACAGGAAACAUGGUGGUUCGUUGGGUACGCAAGUUUCCCUUCUUUUGUAGCGACAGAGAAUACAUUAUCGGGCGCAGAAUUUGGGAAUCAGGACACUUGUACUAUUGUGUUACAAAGGGAGUACCCUGCUCCACUGUGCCUAGAAGCAACAAACCAAGACGUGUUGAUUUGUACUAUUCGAGUUGGUGUAUCCGUGCUGUUGAAUCAAAAAGGGGGAAUGGCCAGCUCGCCUGUGAGGUGUUACUGUUCCAUCAUGAAGACAUGGGUAUUCCUUGGGAAAUUGCUAAAAUCGGAGUGCGGCAGGGUAUGUGGGGAACUGCGAAAAAGAUUGGCAUUGGCUUUCGUGCAUAUCAGAAGGAGAGAGCAUCAGAUGCUUCACUCUCACGUUGUGCUUUCAUGGCUCAAAUCAACACUAAAGUGAGUACAGAGUACUUGAGAUCCUUGGAGAGGAGUUCAAGUGGUUCAUCAGAUGAUGAAGUGAAGGAUUCGUCUGAGAAACCAUUGGGAAGGAACAUACCUAAGCUGGCUGUUGUGGGUGGUGCAGUAGUCCUUGCUUGUUGUCUUGACCGGGGGCUCUUGACUAAAGCAGUUAUAUUUGGAGUAGCCCGAAGAUUUGCAAAUAUUGGAAGGAGAUUGUAACUCAGGUAGAUGUUUUGCUUCAUAGUGAAGAUGGCGGCCAUGUAAAUUGAUGUUGCAGCGAAGUGAGAAAUGAGUCUCCACACUCACUCUCCCCUUUUUGAGAGUAUAGAAAGUUGUUCUUUUUGUUAUGUCUGAGCCAUGGAGCAGCUUUGGAUAAGGAAAGGGAAAAUCAGAGAGUUUAUUUUUCUGAAGCAGCCAAUCACUAAAGCAUCUCAUGCUUGCGAGUAUAACAAUAAAUUCGGGUUAUUUUCUUCUUCAUUGGUUGCCCUGAUCUACACCAGCUUCUUAUUUUGCUAUCUUUGUAUGAUGAUCUGAAAUGAAAGGCUGUCAACACGCUUCAAAUUCAAUGUUUAUGAUUCUUGAUGAAUUUCAAUCUGUUCACAUCCUGAGAACUAUAGAUGAAGUAGAUUGUAUUAAAACCCACGUUUGGGUGUAUGAUCCACUCAGUCUGAGCUCGACAUAUUUGAGAUUCUGGGAAACAACAUACUAUUGUUAUGUAAUAAUCUUCUUCAUGGCUUUCUAAGUCUCUUGUUUGCUUUCUUA